CAGGCUAUGCCGCCUGGGUAAACCUCUUCAAGAUUCCAGCGCGCUCUCUCUCUCUCUCUCUCUCUCUCUCCGUAGGGGAGCUUACACCGCGGCAGUGCGGGGAGAGAGGGAAGGAUAUGGCGGAGAGGCGAAGAGAGAAGGACAAACUUCGAGAUCGAGACCUCUACGGCCACCGAGACCGCGACCGAGAACGGGAUAGAGAACGCGACCGCGACCGCGACCGAGAUCGGGAUCGGGAGCGUACCAGAGACCGCGACCACCGGAAGCGGUCCCGCUCCCCGGACCGCCGCCACCACGCCCGCUCCCCCGACCCCCGUCGCGGCUCCCGAUCCCGCUCCCGCUCGGCCGACCUCUCCCACCGCCGCCACGGCCACCACCGCCGCUCCCCCUCCCCUGACGACCACCGCCGCAAGCGCCGCCGCGAGGGCAGCGACGACGAGCGGGAUCGCCACCGCUCGGCCGCCCCCUUGGAUACCGCGGACGGCUCCGCCAAGGAGCGCAAGAAGAAGGGAAGCGGUGCCGCUGCCCCCGAUGGCGGUGCUCCGGCGGAGGGGAACGCCGCGGUGCCCACGGACGCGGACCCGGACGAGCUGGAGAUGAUGAAGAAGCUGGGGAUCCCGAUGGGUUUCGACUCCACGAAGGGGAAGCCCGUGGCGGGGGCCGACGUGAGUGGGGUGCGGGCGGUCAGCAAGAGGCAGCCGAGGCAGUACAUGAAUCGGAGAGGCGGAUUUAACCGCCCAUUGCCCUCGGAAACGAACCGGUAGAAUCGGAACGCCGGAGGAUUCCGGAAUCAUGCUGGUAACACAGCACAAGUUGGAGAACUUUGAUGUUCUGUACUCAACCCAGGGAUGUACUUCGGCCCAUCAUGUAUAACUUUUAAGACUCCUCUUAGAUGUGACUUGUUUGAACAUUCAUAGGAUAGCGGAGUUAUUGGAGCUGCUUUGUUUCUUCUUUUGUGCUCUUGUGGCAUUCCAGGACAACGUAUUUUAUUGAAACUAUUGAUUAUCAUGCUGUUACUUCAUCUAAUUUGGUGAGCU